AUUCGUUCAGCGUAUUAAUUCAAAGCUACAUAAUAUCACACAUUUCCUGGAGCCUGAACCAGGGCUAAAAUGGCAAAUUCAGAACGGUGUCACUUCCUUAAUCACUAGUAAAGGUGCAAAUGGUUAUUGAACUGGUAAAAGCGACUCAUUAAACGUUUGAAGUAAACCUCGGGCAGAUAAUUUACUUUGCUUCUGCCACCGGAUUGGUCUGGCGUCUCCAGUUAUCGCGUUACUAGAAGCAGCAUUUUCACACUUUGAAGUCUCAGGACUUUGUGUUCGGAGUCCCACAACUGAAGUGCCCGGAAGGUCGAGGACGGGCAUUACGCUAUCGACUAGUGUUAACUGCUUCGAAAGGCAGGAUGAGCCGGAUGUUCAUGAACCCAACCUGGAGGUGGGGACUUACUAGGGAGGUUAACCCGAUUUUUGGCAAGAGGGAACUGCGCAGUUACGAGAGUAGGCUACCAUAGAGGAUCUCCUGCUGUCAAGGGACGGGUGUCCAUCACCUGAUAAAAAGUGCUUGGAGAGCCAACUCAUCCUAUCUGUCAGGAUACUACUGGGAUCUCAAAUAUGAAUGAAGAAUCAUUUUCAUGCAGUGAUGUUUUAGAAGGCAUUCCAAAACACCCUGAUGUUGGUACUGGAUGGCCGGUGACCAUUGCUCCGAACCUGCAGAGUGUGGUUCCUUCCCUGUCCAACAGAACUCUCUCUCAUCCCUCAUUUUAUCCUUACUAUGUGGCAUCUAUGAAAGCCAGUCUUCAGUAUCGGAGAUGUGGGGAGCCAGUCGACAUAUGCACAGUCACUCCUCUCACUCCAUCUGACUUCUACUACUCAGAUCCUGGAUGUCCCCCUGGGUGUCGCAUUCCCAACAUUGUCACAGAGUAUGAGGUAUUUGACUCCUUUCGUCUCAACACUCCUCCACCUAUAAUGGCAGUCUGCCAGGCUCCAUCUGCAAACCAAGAAGAACCUUUUGCAUCUACUUGCUCUCUUCCCAUGUCCCAGUUGUCCCAGUACAGUAAUCACAAUGGUAAUGAAAACACUGCUAGCACCGACGAAAACCAAAAGUUGGCAGUUGUUCAGUUGUCCAAUGAUGAGGAUCAGGCUGUGACGGCACUAAUGGAACUCUGGCUCUCACCCACAGAUUAUAACUCUAAUAUUGUAGUGGACAAAGGGAAGGUGAGCACUGUAAAGGAUCUACAGUUACAAGGGAUGGGCAUUUAUCUUGAGGGACAGCCUGGACUGAAUGAGCCAGAUCAAUUUGUCGGAAGCCAUGUUUCAGUUUCUACGAGUUCAAAUGUCUCCUCCCAAAACAUAAAUAGGGGUCUGUUUCCUACAGAUGUUGCUUUCUGUGUGACAGCAGCAGACUGGUCUCCGGAGAUGGAAAUGGACAUGGCGGAAUCUUCAAUAGACUCUGUACAUGAAGAAAAAAUCUCCAGAACUAAGAAUUGGGUAAAGCAAAUGUCUAGACGUUAUCCUUUCCAAGUUGAAGCAGGUGGUGCAUCAGAAGAUAAUCGCACUAGUUUUGUAUCACCAAAGUUGGGGCAGUUCUGUGGUUCAUCGUGUACAAAGGUUAAUAUAGAUUUUGAGGUCAAACCAGAAGACUUGACUAGCAUUUCUAGUGACAAACCUAUUGCUUUGCAAAAUGCACACCAUCAGACAGUGACUGAAGACCUGGGACAUUCAAAUUCACACUGUGUUCUGACCGCUCAGCAAGGGGUGGAUGAUGAAAACGGGCCAUUUGCGAACACGCAUGUCCUGGGUUAUUUUAACAGUAUUGCCACUACAGCAGGUACGGUAUUAUUAGGUUCCAGGAAGGAGGACUCUGGAGAGCCGCCAAAUUGGAAGCUACAGGAGGGUAAGGUUGUAUUGGAGGCCUGUAGCGUAAGCCUCACCCGGGAUGAAGAAAUUGUUGCCAAUGCACUCCUAGAGCUGGGCAUGUUCCCUGAAUGAAUCUUUGGAAGCGACUCUCCUGGAGCGGACGGCCAUUGGUGGUUGUGCUACUCAAUGUGCUAAAAUCAGUUACAUUGAGACAAUUCUGAAGUAACACAGGUUUUUCUUUCAGUAGUAUUUUUUUUUUUACUGUUCACAUAGUUGUUAAAGCCAAGUGCAGACAUCGUUUUGGAAUAAAUGUAGUUUUUCAAAUUGUUUUUGCCAGUUAAGGAUUCCUCGAUGAUGUUGAGAGUUUGCCACUUUUGCUGCUGCAGUCCACUGAUGGAGGAUCUCUUGUGGUGUUUAGUCUCUUCGGAUAACUUUUGCAUAUCCUCCUCUUUUAUGGACACCUGAAGUUUUUUGUUUUUGUAGAAUUGCAAAAUUUCAUUUGAAGGUGUUGGAGAAGCUACACAUUGCAUGUUAAAGACAUUUGCUUGGAUUAUUUUAAAAGACUGUCUUUUAGAACUCUUCAUGUUUAUGUACAUGGCACAGAGUGCAUGCUUUCUGAGAAAAUUGGAGCAUUAUAACGUUUGGAUAAGUAAAUCUA